CAGAGCCCGACACAGGGCUCGAACUCAUGAACCCUGAGAUCAUGACCUGAGCCGAAAUCAAGAAGUCUGAUGCUCAGUCGGUUGACUGAGCCCCCCAGGUGCCCUCUUUACUCUUUAAAGUAAACGUAGCCCACAUUACGUAACAGGUGCCUUCUGUGGGCUCUGAUCCCUUGCCGCCUGGAGCAGGAAGGACCCCGAGGGCCAGUCUCCUGCAGCAGCCCCCUACUGGGGGAGCGGUGACCUGCCCAGGGUCACAGUGUCAGCGGCCCAGGUGGGGACCGUGUGCAGGCCUCUUCCUCCCACGCCCGCCUCUCUCCUCCAUCCCGACACACGAGGCUCAUCUGACAGCAGCAGGGCACCACUCGGGCCCCUUUCUCUGUCUUUAAAACUGAGAGGUGAGUCUCUGGUUCUGGAAGAGGUGGCCCAAGGAAGGAGCAUGUUGUUUACUAGCUGUGGACGGAGCACUAGAAAUAAGAACGUUCUUCCAGUGGGCUGCAGAGAGAUGUCCCGGCCUGACUGCCCGUGGACAGCUCUCGCACUGCCAGCUGCUCCUCCUGCGUCCGUCCGUCUUGUCCCAGUCACAGACUUGUCACUGCAGAGGCGGGACCAGCCAGGACUGCGGGCCUCCACACCGCUCUCUUUCCACCGGGCCAGUCUGCCAUUACUACGCCCUGUGGUUCCUUCUUGGAAAGUUUCUUCUUCUUGGAUAAUACCUCUUGUUACCUGCCCUCACAAUCACGUGCUAACAAGCUGCGAAAACCAAGAUUUGUUGUGUCACAACACCUGGCCUCCUAGAGCUUGCAGCUAAGUGGGUGACAGGUGCAUUGGUAGUAACCAUAAUGUUCACACAGCGCUUCACACGUUAUUGCGCUUUACAGAUUCUGUGCUUUUAACAACGUGAAGGUUGCGGCAACCCUACGUCAGAUAAGCCUAUUGGAGCCACUUUCCCGAGAGCAUUUGUGCACUUCGUGUCUCUGUGUCACACAUGGGUAAUUCUCAAAGUGUUUCAAACUUUUUCGUUAUUGUUAUGUUUGUUAUUCUGAUCUGUGAUCAGUUACUACAACUUGCUGAAAGUUCAGAUAAUGGGCGUGAGCAUUAAGGUCGGCUCUCCAUCUGGCUGCACGUGUCUAUGUGAGUCGGCCGUGGUUUCCUGCACCGUGUCCACAAAGCGCUCACAUAGCGCCUCAGCUUUACGUGGAGGGACCGAGAGCUUCUGCGCUAAUGGGAGUGAGUCCCAGGCUGCGUUCAGAGCUAAUUAGAUGGAGAGAAAUUACCCAGGCUAUUUCGGUGUCGGCCAAAUAUUUUGAAUCUGUGUUCGGCGGUGAUAAUCGACUUCAUCUUGAUUGCCUCGAAGUAAGUUAACAGGUGAUUAAUAUUAUGAACAUAGACUUUGCGGGGGGAAGGGUUGGGAUAAUGAGAAAUUAAGGAAUUCUGAGUCAGACGGGAGGAGCCAGAUGAACUGCACUCUUGGAGGCUCCUUCUCCUUACUCUUGGUGCGUGGUUCUCUACCAAGUUUUGCUCCUUCUUUUGUCCUCAGUCUCAGAAGACUCCUGGGCAUCUGUGCCUGGGGCUCUGAGCUGCUCCCACAGGGGCCCUUCCCUGCCGGAGCCCCCACCCUGCCCCAAACCUGUGCCCUGCCUCUCUUUCCCCUGACAUUCCCCAAACACUUGUUCUUUUCGUGGCUCCUACAGAAAUUAAAUUGUGCUUCUCUGCUCUGGGAAACUGCCUCAUCCGUUCCAUGGUGCAUACCAGGAGAAGGUCUUCAUUUCCCUGAGCCCACAGUGCCAGUGGGGAGCACGUGCCAGCAGGGAGCACACGCCAUCGGGACGCCCCCGUGGGGACCAGCGAGCCCACAGUGCCAGUGGGGAGCACACACACGCCAUCAGGACGCCCUCGUGGGGACGGGUCACACGGGUGGUUCUGGGACUUUUUCUGUCUCCUGGUCGAGAGAGCACGGGCUGCAGCCCGUCCUGGGUGGCGACACGUCUCUGCCCUCCUUUCCCUGUAGAAGUGCCCCUCCUUCGGCCUCUGGAGGAGGUUCUGAGUGGGACAGGUGCCUCACUGGAGCAGGAGGUCGUCGCACUGGUUACCGGGGAUUUCCUCCUUUGUGGGCAGUUGUUUGGAGUUCUCCGUGGCUCUGGUUGCCUCAGGCUAGCUGUCCAUCCGUCUGUGAAAGCCUAAAGUGCCCACUCUCUGCACAGGAACCUCGGGGGCACAGUGACAGCCUGUUCCGUCUCCCCAUAGCCCUUCUUGCCUUUGUGCACAUUCGUGGUGCACCGUGCACCUCCCACACUCAAUGCUGGCACCUGCUGUUGUGUCCUAGAGCUGCAGGGACCAGGGAGAGCUUUCUCCAGGUGACUGGGAGCCAGGAGCGGCUGCCCAGGGGAGGGGAUGGGGGAGAGAGGAGUGGUCUAGAGAAGAUGCAUUUGCAUGUGGUAGGAGCUGGUGGUAAAACAACAGGGCCUUUUGAAGGGAGAAGAGCUCUUGGAACCUCCAGCAAGAGGGGAUACCGUUAUUUGCCUGAGAAAAAUCCUGUUCUCUAAGCAAGCCAGAGGAGGAUCGGUUGGACGCAGAGCCACUUCGGGGAGACCGAGCGGUUGUCAGGACAAGAUCCCGGCUGCCAUCACGAACCUGUGCUAAGUCCUGGCAUUCGGAAAGCCCCAGGAGACCAGGAUGGACCUGCCCACAGGUACUAUGUGCCAAUACUCAGAAAAACGCAAUUUCUGUGUCUGUAACCGUCCCCGAGGUUGGCCCCGCUCUGGCUGGUUUGCGCGUCAGGAUUUGCAAUGGGCCCGAAGAUGUGGGGGCCUGCCGCCUCUCCUCACCAGCCUCCAGGAAGUCUUGUCCCGGGAGACCGUCCAGGUCUCCUGGGUGGCGGGGACACCCCGGAGGCAGACGGCAGGGGUGCCUAUGGCACCACACUCUCACCUGUGCAGGUAAGGUGCACCUGACUUCCAGGUCAGGACGUCGCUUUGAGCUCCUGGUUCUGCCUGACCGAUGGGUGGGUCAGUCAUUUGGAGAAGGCGUCUUCGUUUUUUGAAGAGCGUGCUGUUUCCCACGAGUCUUGGGCAACCCAGAGCAUUGUGCAAACCGUCCCCUCUCGAAUCACAUCCCUACACAUCGCAGGUGUGGUCCUGGCCGUGGCCGGCAGGGCCCCACAGUGCUUUUGCUUCGGGACCGGGCUUGGGCAGGGCCGUGGGCAUCUGUCCCCUGGUGGCCCUUUUCCAGGGCCUCCACGGACCCAGUUCUACUUUGAGUCCUGCCCCUCCCCCACCUGACACGUGAGUAUCCUCAAGUCAGAAGCCUCCCAGCCCCCUCCUCUCAUCCCUAGAAAGCAGUGCAUGUACUUCCUUCAGGGAGACUUUGAUCUCUCUUGCUCCAAGCCCUCCCGCGCAUUGAUCUUGGCCCAGCAGCAUCCGUCAUUGUCCCCAGGGAACCCAAGCUUAGAUACAGCCAUGAACAGGGCAGCAGGAAGAACAGGAGCCGGGGGUGGGUGUGGGAGGGAGGGAAGGACAGCUGUGUCGCAGGCUCUGUUCUGCCCCCUUGGCUUGAAUUCAUGCCUGUUUCCAGAAACACGGUGGAGCACUAUGUACCAUGGAGGUCGGCAAGCCCCAGAGCCAAGAGUCUCCAAAGUAUGAGAUGGCUCGGGCUCCUGAGAAGCUGGCUUCUGACUCACCCAGGGGCAGUGGGCAGACGGGCUGGCUGGGCGGCGCUGGGCCAUGCUUCGCUCAGGGACCAGGCUGUCGUGGCCCUGCCUCCCGCAACACACACCGGUUCCAAGGUUGCCAUGGUAAUCUUCUUUCUGGCCAGCCAGGAGAGGGAAAGGAGUGUGGUGGAGAGUCACCGAGGGGUUUGGGAACAGAGACCUUCCACUCAGGGUGCCAUGCCCAGAGCACUGAGCCGCACAGGGAUAGUGAGGAGUAUUCGGUCAUCGCAGGGGGCCUCGGGGCCAUCAGGGGGCCCUUCAGGGCACGUGGACAGGACAGAGCCCCAGCGCUGAGGAGACUUUCCUGAGGGCAGGUGGUGAGUGAAGUGUUAAUACCCUCGAUCAGCAAGAAGUAGAAGCGAGAUCUGAACUUUACUCUUCCGGCAACUUAGAAGACCAGCGCCCCGGGGGACACUCAGCUGCUCUCUGUGGCUUGGCCUGGCCCUUGUGUCACAGGCGGAGCAGAGGAAGCAGCAUCGGCACAGCGUUCUCCGUGAAGCGUCCCUGUGGGCAGCCUGGACUGUGCGUAUGGCAGGAUUGAACCUGCCCCACCAUCAGGUCUUCUGAACUGGCUCCUGACCGCUUCCGGUCAUCCCUCCGUGGGCAGGAUUCUGGGAUGCCACCCACACUUUGUGCCCUGGACCCUCAGAAUCUCCUUGUUCUGUCCUCUGCCUCCCCCCCUCCCAAGUCCUCGGGCUCAGGGGCUGCUUUUGCUCCAAAACCACCCGUUGCUGGAGCAGACCUAACGUCCACGGAGCCUCCACAGGUGCAGAAAAGUGCACUGGGGGAAGCAGAGCAUGCUGGGAGAAUGCCCCAAGGGUCCCGCAGCCAGCGUGUGCUCUCCCCUGCCCCACAGUCUCUGCAGCCCAGGCAUGCUGUUCCAGAAACUUCCUAACCUCCUGGGCAGCGGGGACAAGUGGAACCAAGCACUAAUGGGUGACCAGGAGCGCACAAGACCUGUCAGCCUUCCUGUUUGAAUGUCCUCCUGCCCCGUGGGUGUCAUGUGGGCUCUCGUGAGCCCAUGGCUGUGCCUUGUCCUCUUUGCCCUUGAGGACACGGGCUCGUGGUCAUUGUGACCAUCGUCUUUCUAGAAACAGGCUGAGGCUGGUGAGCUAACUCUGGAGCAGCCAACACUGUGAAUCGAUCCCUGGGCUGCCCGCCUACCUCAGAACUUUCUAUUCCUUUCCAUGUGGGUGCAGCGGUUUCCAAGGGACCAUUUGCAGUGGACUGAGAUUUAUUUCUAAUAAUUGUCCUCAUUUUAUUCAACACGGACUCCUGGCUCCUUUCUCAUCAGACACAUGUGUCAGUGCAUGGUACCCCACAGGUACCCCAUGCAAAUACAGAUACGCUAUCUUUGGACUUGCCGUCCCUCUUCCCUCACUCUGCUUGAGGUGGUGGUGUUUGACAUUGCCGGGCCAAGGGCCCCCCCCGUGCCCCCCGCCACCGCAUGUGGUUGGCUCUCCGGAGAGCAGUGGAGGCAGGAAACCAUUGAGUGCUGAGUUCUUAGUGGGAAGCGUCGCCAUUACCAUCAACGUGGAACAGCUUGAGGAGCGAUCUGAUGUCCGUUCCCAAUCCAUGUUUGUGUGUGCAGAGGGGCUGAACUAGCUGGAGAAGGGAGAGCAUCAUACCGAAGAUGGCGGAGAUGUAAGAAUAAGGCUUUAAGGCAGUAACCCUGUAAGCCACGGUUUACCAGAUGGCAAGGACUGGUAUUCAAUUCACUACCCUUGAGGUAUGGAUUCAUAUCUGAUGUCUACUGGACAGAUGGCCCCAACCAGCAGGGAACCAGACGAGAAGUCAGAGUGUGCAUACAGAGGAGAAUGCUCUCUCUCUCUCUCUCUCUCUCUCUCUCCCUCACACACACACACACACGCUAUAACAUGGGUGAAUCUUGUUAAUAUUACACCCAGUGAAAGACGACAUACUAUAUGAUCUCCUUGACAUGAGACGUCCAGUAAAAGCAUAUCUGUAGAGCCACAAGUAGGUCACUGGUUGCCUGGGGCCGGGGGCCGGAACGGGGAUUAGCUAUAAAUGUGCAUGAGGGCUCUUGCUGGGGUGAUGGAGACGUUCUAAAACUGGAUCGUGAUGAUGUUUGCACAACGUGGCAAAAUUUGCUAAAAAUUAUUGAAGUGUCUGCUUAAAAUGCUUGAAUUUUAUGGUGUGUUGUUUAUGCCUCAAUAAAGUUGUUUUUUAAAAAAGUC